AUGUUUGUUUCAAAAGUCUUAUAUGCAGUACGCUCUUAUGAAGUACUGUUAACAAUGUUCCUUUUAUGUACUCUAGAAGAAAAGGCAAUCAAAGGUCUGCAUAUGAGUGCAGCUAUGAUAUCCAAACAAACAUUUAGAGGAAUGUACAUGCCAACUACUCCUUUUAAGCUGCAAGACCCCACGCGUUGUACUUCUUGUGGUGCCAAGUUGUUUGCUUUCGAAUCAGCGCUUUUCUGUUGUUCUGGAGGUGAAAUUAUAAUAGCUGCUAAUGAUUAUCCUACUCAACUCAUAGAUUUGUUUUGUUCUCAGAGUGAAACUGCAAUACAUUUUAGGCAGUAUGCUCGCCUUUACAAUAAUAUGUUUGCAUUUAGUUCACUUGGAGGGUCUAUUGAUGCACGUACAUACAAGGCUUAUUAUGAUAAGGUGCCUAAAUUCUUACAACUAUACUUCUACGAUGCUCAAUAUGAGAAAGAUCUUCGUUCCAACUUAUUCCGUGAAAUUAGACCUAAUGUGAUUAGUUUGUUAAUGGAAAUCAUGGAUCGUAACCCAUAUGCACAAUUCUUCCGAUCUUUGUGUGAUAUAGAUGUUGACGAGAAUAUAAGGAUUUUCUUGAAUAAGAGUUCGAGUUUAGAUCAAAGGGUAUACAAUGCUCCCUCGUCUUCUGAAGUUGCUGCCAUUUGGAUUGAUGAUUUUCCAUCUGAUGAUUCAACAAGUCCAUAUAUAGCUGUUUGGGGAAAAUCAAACAAGCGAUUUUGGUUGGCAUCAGGGGAUAAAAAAUGUUGUAAUGGUGUUCGAAAAUCUAGGCGCACUGGUAAAAACCCUAUUAGUCCACUAUUGGCUAAUACUGCGGAAAAAUUGCUUUUGGAUGAGGCUAUAGUUGCGCAAGAUGGUUUCAAGAAACGCGAAGAAAGGGUUUCAUGUCGAGAAUACUAUGCUUAUAGGCUUCAAAUUCGCCCUCACAAUUACUUUCUUAGAACUACUAGGCUAUUUCAGCAGUUCGUUGUGGAUAUGUAUGUGAAAAUAGAGAAUACCCGAAUAGACUAUUGUUGUAACAACCAAACACAACUACAAGCAGAACUCUUUCAAGGGAUUAUGGACAGAAUGAAUGUUGGUCAAUGUAGUGCAGCAAAUGUUGGGCGUCGUAUCAUUCUGCCACCUUCAUUUAUUGGUGGGCCUAGAGAUAUGAAGAAGAGAUAUUUGAAUGCUAUGGCACUUGUCCAAAGAUACGGCAAACCAGAUGUAUUCCUUACUAUCACUUGUAAUCCAAACUGGAUUGAAAUCAAACAAGAGUUAGCUGAAGGUGAAAUUGCUCAGGAUAGACCAGAGUUGGUAUCUCGAAUAUUUAGAGCUAAAUUAGUGGUUUUGAAAAAGAAACUUAAAGAUGAAAAGCUCUUUGGUGAACCAGCUGCAAUGAUACAUGUUGUUGAAUUCCAAAAGUGA